UACGUGCACAUUUUGAUCUCGAUUUGGUAAACAGGAAAAUUUUACUGACUUCUUUUAUGCUUCAAAUGUGUUGCAAAUGUGUUUUUUGUUUGAGGCGAUAUGGAAGUGAGCUGAGCAAAGUUCAAAGAAUUUAUAAGGAAAAGCCUUGGCAAAUUGAAUAUUCUAGACCUAUUUCUAGAGCCUCAUUCUAGACAGUAAAAAUGGAAGAUGUGAGUCUGCUGUCAGAUCGAGAAGAUUCAGAUGACCAGAAACGCUCAUCCAUCGGAGAGCACGCUGAAAGAAUAUUCCCAUCACAUAGAAAUGGAAGGAUUGGUUGUCUGUUGCCUUUGGCAUCAUUUAUGGCUGCUCUUGGAGGUAUCCUUUUUGGAUAUGAUAUUGGGAUAAUAUCUGGUGCAUUGCUGCAGCUCAGGGAAUAUUUCCAUGUCAGCUGUCACCAGCAGGAGAUGAUUGUCACUUCACUGAUUAUUGGUGGCCUUAUUGCUUCUUUAGUUGGAGGUCAAAUAGUGGACCACUUUGGAAGAAGAAGAGCUAUAAUUUUGAAUUCCUUAUUUUUCACUGUUGGGGCGAUGGUAUUAGCAUUCUCAAAAGCAUACUCAACACUGAUAAUCGGAAGGUUGAUGUUGGGUUUUGCUGUUUCUCUGUCUGCUAUUGGUGAAUGCAUUUACAUUUCAGAGAUUGCACCACCGGCUCGACGGGGGUUGCUUGUGAGCUUGAACGAACUUGGCAUUGUUGUUGGGAUUCUCCUUGCCUACUUGGUCAACUUUCUUCUGAUCCAAAAGGAAAAUGGAUGGCGCAUUAUGUUCGGUCUCUCAGCUAUACCUGCGCUGCUCCAGGGCCUGGGUAUGAUGUUUCUCCCGUCAAGCCCAAGAUGGCUGGUAUCAAUGCAAAACAUACAGGAGGCCAGACUUGUGGUUGCUAAACUUUGGCCUAGCUGUGAUGUAGACCAUGAAAUACAACGCAUGAAGGCUUCUUUGAAAACUGAAAAGGAGUACAAAAUAACAGAUCUUUUUAGCAAGAAAGAAAACAUGAGGCUGCGAAUGGUCAUAGGGUGUGGAGUGGUGUUUUUCCAGCAGAUAACUGGCCAGCCUACCGUUUUGUAUUAUGCUCCUGCGGUGUUUCAGUCACUUGGUUUCAAAUCUAGCUCCUCCGCAACGCUGGCAACUGUUGGUCUUGGGGUUGUCAAGGUUGUUUUUACGACUUUCACUCUGAUCAACGUCGAUAAACUUGGUCGUCGGCUUCUUCUUCUCCUGGGUGUCGGAAUAAUGACAGUGAGUUUGAUGACCCUCAGUUGUGUCACCAUCUCAGUCCAUGAUUUACAGACUCGGAAUCCAUGUGACAAAAAAGUUAUUGGUGCGGGACAUACCUACAUCAGUGACCCAGCGUAUGACCUCAAAAAUCACUGCCAUGACGUAAAAACUAUAAACUCAACUAAUACUACGACGUUGACAAGGGACAGUGUUAAAAACCUCAGCCUUCGCUCCGUGAAAAGUACAGGUAUCCCCAGGCCUAAAAGCAAAAUGGUAAAGCUGCUAAACUGCACAAUGAAGCAUAAACAUUUUUCGGCCAAGGAAUCGAAGGAGCUACAUCACCACUCACCAGCUUUGAAGUAUGUCUGUCUCAUAUCGCUAAUGGUUUUUGUUGCCGGCUAUGCAAUUGGAUAUGGGCCAAUGUCAUGGCUGAUUCUUACUGAAAUAUUUCCUGUUGGUGUAAAAGGCAGAGCAGUGGCAGCAGCGACAGUAUUCAAUUGGGGAACAAAUAUUCUUAUAUCGAUGACGUUCUUGGAAGUGAUAGGCUCACUAGGACCCUCCAUCACAUUUAUGAUUUAUUCAAUUCUCGGUUUCUUUGCAAUGAUCUUCGUUUAUGGAUUCGUUCCCGAGACGAAAUGCAGAAGCCUUGAGCAAAUAUCUGACGAACUCAGUAAGAGAUCAAGCUUCUGUCUUGGCAAAACACAUUGCUUUCAGAGACCAUCUCGCGGUCAUCUCAGUAUAAUCGAGGAUGCAGAACAGAUUGAUACGCGAAUGUGAGUGAUCGAUGUUCAAGUUGGUGGUACAAUAUGCAGCUUGUACUUUCAUAGCCAGCACUCGCAGAUUUGAGUUAGCCAGUUGGUUGGUCAAAUGUGCCAAUUGUUAUCAUCAAAAAUGAUAAGCAGUCAAAGUAUUAGAUGAAACAUGCGACACAAAAGUUCCUAGAUUUGCUAUCUAAGUUACCUGUGCGAACUGGAGAGUUGUCCUGAGAUAGCCAUGCCUUGCAGUUUGCUAGAUUAUCUGUCACAGUAAUUGGUGCAGCAAAAGUUUCUAGAUAGCUGUAUCUUGCAUCUUAGCAGAUUUGUUGUUGCUCAUGCGAGCUAGCUUGAGAAAACCGUGCUUUGCAGUUUUGCAGACUUGCUGUUGUUCAAGUUAUAUGUGUAAACUUGGAGCGUAUUCCACCAAAACUAUAUCUUGCAUCUAAGUUUACCUUGCAUCUUGGUUGAUCAUUGCUGUCCAAGUAAUUGCUUUAAAUGCAUUUAAACUUGCAUCAGAUGACCCAUUCCGAGGAACAAAUAACUCCACAAAAAUCUCGUUCACCUUUGGUUGCAAUCCUUUUGUUUUAACUAAAGUCCAUAGAAACUCUCUAGUGUUGGUGGAAAUCUCUUAUGCUAUUUUCGAGAGUGAAUUGCACCUUUACCAAUUCUUGCAAUUUGUCCUCCCUUUCUAUAACUUCUGCAUCACAUACCAUUAGAAGAGAGACCAACAAGGAUCCUUUUUUGAGGACAUUUACCAUUUACCAUCAAGUUUAUUUGGUCGUAUCGAUUAUUCGGUGUAAGAUUUAAUGCAAUAGGUACAGUGUUGUUCGCUAGAGAGCAUCGUUUGGCAAAUAGUCGUUUUUUUAUACACCAAUGCAAUACAGUUUGGUUUCCAUUUAGAUUUACAUAAGGAGUAGAAUUUUCAGGCUCAAGCUGCUAGGCAGGAGUUCCCUUGUUGCCUAAUUCCUAUUCUGUGGUUGCAUGUCAAAGAAAAAGGCUACCCGAUGUUUUGUAAUAGAAGACGACCUGAGACAACGACCUCGAGUUUUUUAAUGAAAUUCCACGUAGUAGAAGGUAGACUUCAGUCUCUUUACCACAAUGUUUAGGAUUUUAGAAAAGAUUGUAAAGUUUUUAGGAUUGUUCUUUUAAGCUUUUGGACUGUAAAAGGUCAGUAUCAGGGGUUAACUUUCAUCACAGUUUUAGUUUAAAUAGGGAUGGAUUUACAUUACAUUCAAUUAUCAGAAGAAGUAAAGAUGUACAGAUUGGGGUUUUUGUUAGUAUUUUCAUAGACGUAGGAACAGGGAGCACAGGGGCAAAGACUUUCCAGAAAUAGAACUAAAAUACCUAUUUGCAGGUCAUGGAGAUGCCCUUUUUGCCUACAUAUGCCCUCUAAGUUUUGAAAUGCUUCCUACGUGUAUGGAUAUUUUGUAUAUAUGUAGAUGAGCUGUAAAGUUGUUUUGUAUUUCACAGCUAUGAGAAUGUUGGCUUCCAUUCUUGUUGUUGUUUUGAUUAUUCUUUCUUUCCAAGCUCAUUUUACACCUAAUUUAAUGCAAUCGUUUAUUCUAACGCUCUCAGUUAGAGCUUUUUGAUUGUCAGAUAUAUCUAAAUACAUCUGAUAUACGAAGAUACAGAGGCUUCUUUGCCGAAGUGUAAUAAGGUUUGAGUAGUGAGAGAUAAACAGCGAGAGAUAGCGUGCAACUCGUAAUGAGAAUCAAUAUGAACUGACUAAUGAUUCUGAACAGCGAUUGCAAUAUAUACAAGCAGGAAGAAUAUCAAAGCAUGAUUAACAUAAUUUAGUAUCUAGGUUCCAGUCCUAUUACAAGAGCCGGGGGAGGGGAGGGGGUAACUUCCACAUGCUCUUGUACGAAAUUUUUUGGGGUACAAUUUUUUAAAAAGAAAACAAAUUUUGGGGUAUAGAUUUUGGUAAAAUCAAACAUGGUCAUAAAUUUUAGGGUUGAUUUUUAGCAUGACGUUAAAUUUUGGGGAAUCAUUUUUAUAAGAAAGGUAAUAUGUUUUCAUUUACUCGAUUGAUUUGUUGGUUUUUUGAAAUUUGAAUGAAAUUCAAGGGUACGCAUUUCAUAUUUUAUUUGAUUUCUGGGGUAGGGUUUUUAGAUAAUUUAUAAAUUUUAGAGUAUGUUUUCAUAUUUCAAAAAGGCACAGCCCCGUCCUCUGCCAAUUGAAAAUUAUAUUAUGCACACAUAUAUAAUUAACUAUUAAAUAAAUUACAUUAAAUAAAUGAAUAAUUAAACAAUUAAAUCGGGUGCAUUUGGUCGUAGUACAUAGUAAACUAAAACUAAAGCAAAUCUGUUUGCAUUAAAAGCUGUCAGCACCUAAGUAAAAGAGUGAAAUUGUUAGAGUUGUCUUAAGUCAUCAGACAAAUGUAGGGCUUUGACCUAAGUUAUUUUGGUACCCCUGUGUUUGGACAGACUUGCGUCAAACUUAUUGUUAGCUUUUAUCGCGUAUGUUCAGAUGAGUAAUGUGAAUCCCAGUAUUCAAAUUAUUAGAUUAUUCUUUUACAACGUUUAAGUCGAAGACAUGUAACUUUUAAGUGAUAUUUAUCGUUAUGUUCCAUUAAGUUUGUCUUGUCGAACCUGCGUUUGUAAAUAAUAUCGAUUUAUUAUGACGAAACAAGAGUUUCACAAACAUCUUUUUCUAGAAAUAAACUUGACCGGUUUAUAUCAAUUUUAUUUUAUUUCAAGCAUUUACACGCCCAGUUAAUCGAGAGGACUACUUAACAGGGGUCGAUGUUGAGCUUUCAAUAAAAUCAAAUAAAAAGGAAAUUUUUUAAAAGCUAAGAUAAUAUUUACAAUAUAUAAUAACCAAAUACAGAAUUAGAUAAAGCUUGACUGAGGAGGACGCCUUUCAGUUCAAAAGAGGGAGCUUGUUUAAAGGCAAUUUAUUCCAGUUCUUUCAAACCCUGAGACGAUAUAGCUUCAUGAUCAACACAUAUGUUCAUCUUUGGAACAGCGACAUCGACAGUCAAUGUGUGCAAGUUCAUAUUUAAGUCAAGUUCAAGAUUGUUCUUAUAUAGGUUAGGAAAAAACAGGCGUACGACCUGGUAAUGUUUUGUACGUAAUAGUAGCUGUUUCAUUCUUUGGCAUAUAGAAAAUUGUAGGCCAAUUAAGACACUUGAUCAUCUUUAUAAUAAUCACCAAUCACAGCUGCUUUGAUGACUUUUCUAGCAGCUCUGUCUUACAGAUUUGGUAAAGUUUGCAAUCCUGUCUCGCUGCAGCCUCCCCUUAGAGAACAGCAUUGACGGAAAUGAGGCUCUAGAAGGGCAUGACACAUUUUCUUAGUGUGCCAAUUUCAGUGCCAUCACUAGCAAAUGAUGGGGACUCUGCUUUUUUGUCAGCAAUCAUUCUUUAGUUUUGUUGAGAACCUACAGCGAUUGCUUGUGCCUUCAUAACAUCUUCUCUGUAACUAUUCCUUUAACCGAUCAAGGUAACUAUAGAUCACUGAUGUCUUUCGCAGAAUAUGUAAUGUAACUCUUGCAUCAUCAGUUUACAUCAAGUUGCAUUUCAGGAUAGACCCUAGGAGAUCGUUUUUAUAACUUAGAAAAAUAAGUGGACCAAGACACGAGCCUUGUGGCACAUCAUACUCUAAUCUUUGAGAAUUAGAGGAUACAACGCCUUGGAAGAUUGAGGCCUAUGUUGCAGAUAGGAUCGAAUAAAGGAUGGCCAUGCCCGAAAAUUUCACAUUUCUACAGGUUUUCAAGUAAAAUUUGAUGAUCAAUCGUAUCAAAUGCUUGUGGUAGAUCAAUAAAUUCAAACGCAGUGUAUUUCCCGUUAUUCAUAUCAACACACCAAUCGUCAGAUUUUUUUGGCAAGCAGGUAAAUACAGAGAACAAACUCUUGAAGUCAGACUCGUAAACGGAAAAGUUCCCGUUUGAUAAGAAUGGCUUCAUUCUAAACUUACCUCCAAUGCCAACAGAAUCCGUAGUUAUUUUGUGCGGCAGCAAAAUUUAUUUA